CUCUGUCUCUCGCUCUGUCUCUCUCUCUGUCUCCCUCUCUGUCUCCCUCCCUCCAGUUGCUCCCGCUGCGCCUUGUGGAUUCAGAGACACCAGCAAACCGAGAACCGUUGACAAGCAUCGUUAUCCUCACGCACCAGCAGCACAGCAGCAAAACCCCAAAUAUAAUCCAAAAUAUGACAUUCUUAACGAUACAUCAGAAACAUCCCGUGAUUUGACAACUUCUGACAAUCGAUUUACAGUCCGUUAGACGCUCGUAGCUGUAAACGUCCUUUCCAUCGUCAGCCCAUUGGCUGGCCUCCUCCUGCUCAGUAGCCAUGAUGCUUAGCAGCUCUGUCGAGGUGCCCAGUCCCGGCCACGGCGGCAUGUCCGGUCUCUCCGUGACGAGGGCGGCAGUGGCGGGGAACGUCGUCCGGUCCUCCAGUAUCUCGGGAGCCGUGUACAGCCUGGAGAAGAGUCCCGGUGGGCAGGGAGAGGCGGGAACGCUGACCGGGAACAAGAAGAGACGAUCCAGCCUUGGAGCCAAGAUGGUGGCCAUUGUGGGGCUGUCGCAGUGGAGCAAGAGUACCCUGCAGCUCAACCAGCAAGAAGAACGAGUGAAGAAGCUGCGCGGUACGAUCCGGCGGAGCACGGAGACGGGCAUCGCUGUGGAGAUGAGGAACCGGGUCACGCGACAGGGCAGCAAGGAGUCCACCGACGGCAGCACCAACUCCAACAGCUCAGACGGAACGUUUAUCUUCCCCCCCACUCGCAUGGGUCCAGAGAGCCAGUUUAGUGACUUUCUGGAUGGACUAGGCCCCGCCCAGAUCGUAGGCCGACAGACACUAGCCACACCCUCCAUGGGUGACAUCCAUGUGGGUAUGGUGGACAGAGGAGGCCAGCUAGAGGUGGAGAUCAACCAGGCCAGAGGACUGACCCCUAAACCAGGGUCAAAGAACAUCCCAGCGACCUACGUGAAGGUGUAUGUGUUGGAGAAUGGGGCGUGUCUGGCUAAGAAGAAGACCAGAGUGGUGAAGAAGACUCUAGACCCGUCCUACCAACAGGCCCUGCUGUUUGAAGAGAGUCCUCAGGCCAAAGUCCUCCAGGUGAUUGUGUGGGGUGACUAUGGGCGGAUGGACCACAAGUGCUUCAUGGGCAUGGCUCAGAUCAUGCUGGAUGAGUUGGACCUUGGUGCCACGGUGAGCGGAUGGUACAAGCUGUUCCCCACCUCGUCUCUGGCUGACAUCGGACCCCUCACACGACGACUGUCCCAGUCCUCACUGGAGAGCUGUGCCACCAGCCCCUCCUGUAGCUAGACAGAGAGUACUAUAUAGUACACACACACACACAGAUCCUCAGAUCCAUCCCCAUAACUACGUCAGAUAACAUGAUUUACCAGAACAUAGCAUUAUAGUAGCGUUACUUACUGCCCAAUAUCCCUGUCCCCUGCCUCCUGUCCCGUCUCAGAAUAUCUGCCCAAUAUCAGAAUCCCUGUCCCCUGUCCCCUGUCCCAUUUCAGAAUCCCUGUCCCCUGCCCCCUGUCCCGUCUCAGAAUCCCUGUCCCAUCUCAGAAUCUCUGUCCCAUCUCAGAAUCCCUGUACCCUCUCAGAAUCCCUGUCCCCUGCCCCCUGCCUCCUGCCUCCUGUCCCGUCUCAGAAUCCCUGUCCCGUCUCAGAAUCCCUGUCCCAUCUCAGAAUCCCUGUCCCAUCUCAGAAUCCCUGUCCCAUCUCAGAAUCCCUGUCCCGUCUCAGAAUCCCUGUCCCGUCUCAGAAUCCCUGUCCCAUCUCAGAAUCCCUGUCCCGUCUCAGAUCCCUGUCCCAUCUAGUGGAUGCCCCAUUCGACAUUCCCUGAUCCCAGAAUUCCAAGGCUGUGUCCCAAAAUGGCAGCCUAUUCCCUAUAUAGUUAACUACUACUGACAGGAGCCAAGGGAAAAGGGUGCCAUUUGGGACACAAGUCAAGGCACUACUUCUCAUCCCAGGGUCAGGUCGUUCCGAAACCAGUUUUUAAACUCUCUAUGCCAAACUAAGAAGAAAAACUACUUUAUUUUUUAAAACCAAAGCAAUUUUUAUUGUUACUAUCAGGAGUGCUAGUUAUACAAUAUCUACGUACUGAUAAGUAGCAGAGUCUAUGAGUUAGAUGGAAUACAAUAUCUACGUACUGAUAAGUAGCAGAGUCUAUGAGUUAGAUGGAAUACAAUAUCUACGUACUGAUAAGUAGCAGAGUCUAUGAGUUAGAUAGAAUACAAUAUCUACGUAAGUAGCAGAGUCUAUGAGUUAGGAGGAAUGUAAACAUUGUGUUUUAGCUCCUCUAAACACACACAGGCUGGACAUGAGAAAGAAAGGCCACGUUAUUAAACACAAAUCGACAGGAUGUUCACAUAAUCACUAUUAUUAUGUGAGGUAGCAGCGCUAAUCUUCUAAUUUCCACAAGCCAGAGUUAAUAAGUAUAUAGAUGUUAGAUAGAUACAGUAUAGAGAUGUGUGUUCAUGUGUGUGUUGGCUGCAUCCUACACGUUUGCUUGCAACCCUUAUUGAGACAUUUUAACGUUUUUUUGUGUGGUUUUUGUUUGCCUUUAAGACUCUAAUCAGAUAUAUAGAUGCUACUUUAUUUAUUUAGCUAAUCAGUCACUGUCUAAAGAACAUGAAGAACGUAACACUCAACACUCGAGUUUUAGGAGAUGGAGGGACAUCAUUUCCAUACAGAACAAACUAAUUCCAAACCUACCAGCAAUCUCUCGUAAAACAAGCGGCAUUGUGGGACACAGGAGGACCAACUGACAAACUGACAGGAAUCAUUCUCCUCCUUCCUCAAGAGCGUUGAACUCAAAGGCUUCUGGGUAGUCUGGGCUAUAGUCGUCGGUCAUUGUAGACCCUGUUAGUGCGAACCACACUGGACUUCAUAUCCCAGAUACUGUUUGCUUCUGCCCCACAACAUGUCUACUGUACAGACAAGAACCUUUUGUAUCAACUUCCUCUUGAUUUCCUGUUUAAGUUUCUUAUCUUCACUUCCUGUUUCUGACCGUAAUUAUGAAGUGGGAAGCAUUGGUAAGAUAGAAGUCUUUCUGAUGUCCGUGGUAGGAUCUCACUCCCAGGACACACCCAUGCAUGGAUGUCCCCCAAAAACACAUAGGCCUGUGUCUGAUUAAUGGGUACUGACUGCCACCUGGGUCAACAUUAGCCCCUGAGGUUAUGUGGUCACGUCACUGUUCUCUCAGCAAUGUAAACCCCAGCAGCACAGAUAUAUAUUGUAUUAUCAAGUACCUUCAACAACCAGUAGAUGGCGUCUGAUUGGUUCCUGUUCAACCAGUAGAUGCCAUCUAAUUAGUUCCUGUUCAACCAGUAGAUGACGUCUGAUUGGUUCCUGUUCAACCAGUAGAUGCCAUCUAAUUAGUUCCUGUUCAACCAGUAGAUGGUGUCUGAUUAGUUCCUGUUCAAACAGUAGAUGACGUCUGAUUGGUUCCUGUUCAAACAGUAGAUGCCGUCUAAUUAGUUCCUGUUCAACCAGUAGAUGACGUCUGAUUGGUUCCUGUUCAACCAGUAGAUGCCAUCUAAUUAGUUCCUGUUCAAACAGUAGAUGACGUCUGAUUGGUUCCUGCACAAGCUCAAACUCGAAGUGUAUUGUGAUCUCAUUUGCUGAAUAUGGACAUUUCUCCUGGUCAACAGUUUCGCAAAUCAUCAUGGGAUCUGGCACACCGAUCUCUUAUUGGCCAGGACUCUUAUACCUCUUCUUAAAUCAGCCCUCUCUAAUUUCUUAUUGACUGCUGCUACACGCACACAAUCAUGUGAUUAUUGUGAAUAAAUCAGAUUAAUAUAAUAGUUUGUUUAAAUAUUUACAUGGACACAUCUGAAAUCAGACGGUGAGAUUUUUGAUAAGAACAGAAACAUUUCCAAUCCAAAUAAUCAUUCUACCAGAGCAACCGGGUUAUUUUUGCAAAAGCCUAUUUGAUUCUGAGCAUGGACAUAUAACGUUUGUAUGUCAAAACCAUUUGUAAGAUGAUACAUACUACUACAUAGGUUUUUCUGUGUUCACUCAAACAUAAAAGGAGGGCUUGAGCUGCUGGCAGAUCAAAUACACAGCCGGAACGCUGAUUCAGCUGUUUACACGUCCCAAUAAUUUGAACGUUUGCUCAGAAAAUCAGCAAAUGCUUACUUCGAUUUUAACCGUACACCGAUUAAGAUAAGCAGAGUAAUGUGUUUACAUGCUUUUUCCAUACUCGGCCUUCUGCCAUAAUGAGUUGAAUAUGGCAUCUGUUCGGGCAAUACUUUUUGGGGUGGAAGGUAGCCUAGUGGUUAGUGCAGGUAGCCUAGUGGUUAGAGCAGGUAGUCUAGUGGUUAGAGGCAGGUAGCCUAGUGGUUAGAGCAGGUAGCCUAGUGGUUAGAGCAGGUAGCCUAGUGGUUAGAGCAGGUAGCCUAGUGGUUAGAGCAGGUAGCCUAGUGGUUAGAGCAGGUAGACUAGUGGUUAGAGCAGGUAGCCUAGUGGUUAGAGCAGGUAGCCUAGUGGUUAGAGGCAGGUAGCCUAGUGGUUAGAGCAGGUAGCCUAGUGGUUAGAGCAGGUAGCCUAGUGGUUAGAGCAGGUAGUCUAGUGGUUAGAGGCAGGUAGCAUAGUGGUUAGAGCAGGUAGCCUAGUGGUUAGAGCAGGUAGCCUAGUGGUUAGAGCAGGUAUCCUAGUGGUUAGAGCAGGUAGCCUAGUGGUUAGAGCAGGUAGCCUAGUGGUUAGAGCAGGUAGCCUAGUGGUUAGAGCAGGUAUCCUAGUGGUUAGAGCAGGUAGCCUAGUGGUUAGAGCAGGUAGCCUAGUGGUUAGAGCAGGUAGACUAGUGGUUAGAGCAGGUAGCCUAGUGGUUAGAGCAGGUAGCCUAGUGGUUAGAGGCAGGUAGCCUAGUGGUUAGAGCAGGUAGCCUAGUGGUUAGAGCAGGUAGCCUAGUGGUUAGAGCAGGUAGUCUAGUGGUUAGAGGCAGGUAGCAUAGUGGUUAGAGCAGGUAGCCUAGUGGUUAGAGCAGGUAGCCUAGUGGUUAGAGCAGGUAUCCUAGUGGUUAGAGCAGGUAGCCUAGUGGUUAGAGCAGGUAGCCUAGUGGUUAGAGCAGGUAGCCUAGUGGUUAGAGCAGGUAUCCUAGUGGUUAGAGCAGGUAGCCUAGUGGUUAGAGCAGGUAGCCUAGUGGUUAGAGCAGGUAGCCUAGUGGUUAGAGCAGGUAGACUAGUGGUUAGAGCAGGUAGCCUAGUGGUUAGAGCAGGUAGCCUAGUGGUUAGAGGCAGGUAGCCUAGUGGUUAGAGCAGGUAGCCUAGUGGUUAGAGCAGGUAGCCUAGUGGUUAGAGCAGGUAGUCUAGUGGUUAGAGGCAGGUAGCAUAGUGGUUAGAGCAGGUAGCCUAGUGGUUAGAGCAGGUAGCCUAGUGGUUAGAGCAGGUAUCCUAGUGGUUAGAGCAGGUAGCCUAGUGGUUAGAGCAGGUAGCCUAGUGGUUAGAGCAGGUAGCCUAGUGGUUAGAGCAGGUAUCCUAGUGGUUAGAGCAGGUAGCCUAGUGGUUAGACCGUUGGGCCAGUAACUGAAAGGUUGCUGGAUUCAAUCCCCGAACUGACGAGGUAAAAAAUAAUGUCGCCCCCUGAACAAGGCAGUUAACCCACUGUUCCCCGAUAGGCCGUCAUUGAAAAUAAGAAUUUGUUCUUAACUGACUUGCCUAGUUAAAUAAAACAUAAAAAAUUUAAUAUCACAUUAUUUGUGUGCAUGUAAAUGUACUCAAUGUUUCUAAUGUCCUAUGCUAGUUGGCUGCAAUGACCAAACUUCCAUCAUGAAAAAUAUUUCAACAAAUGUUGUUAUCGCUGUUGAUUGACUGAAUUUCAGUUCAGAGUUAAAUUUAUCACAUGCUUUCAUGGCGCCAUUGCACAUGCAACAAAUAAUGAAUUCUUUACGUAGUAGCUUUUAUUUUGUGACCAAGAGGAAUAUCAUUGAGACCAAACAUGCCCAUUUAAGAUGAAGGCUGGCAUACCGUAAACAAUCUUUAGUGGUUCUGUAGAUACCGGCCAUUGGAACCUGUUGUGGUGAGAGAUUCUGGAGACACUGGCCAUUGGAACCUGCUGUUGAGAGAGAUUCUGUAGACUCUGGCCAUUGGAACCUGUUGUGGAGAGAGAUUCUGUAGACUCUGGCCAUUGGAACCUGCUGUUGAGAGAGAUUCUGUAGAUACUGGCCAUUGGAACCUGCUGUUGAGAGAGAUUCUGUAGACUCUGGCCAUUGGAACCUGCUGUUGAGAGAGAUUCUGGAGACUCUGGCCAUUGGAACCUGCUGUGGAGAGACAUUCUUUAGAUACUGGCCAUUGGAACCUGCUGUUGAGAGAGAUUCUGUAGACUCUGGCCAUUGGAACCUGCUGUUGAGAGAGAUUCUGUAGACUCUGGCCAUUGGAACCUGCUGUUGAGAGAGAUUCUGUAGACUCUGGCCAUUGGAACCUGCUGUUGAGAGAGAUUCUGUAGACUCUGGCCAUUGGAACCUGCUGUUGAGAGAGAUUCUGUAGACUCUGGCCAUUGGAACCUGCUGUUGAGAGAGAUUCUGCAGACUCUGGCCAUUGGAACCUGCUGUGGAGAGAGAUUCUGUAGACACUGGCCAUUGGAACCUGCUGUUGAGAGAGAUUCUGUAGACUCUGGCCAUUGGAACCUGCUGUUGAGAGAGAUUCUGUAGACUCUGGCCAUUGGAACCUGCUGUUGAGAGAGACAGACAAAGACAUUCCGGGAACACUUUAAACUCUGUUCUAGAAUAGCAUUUGACAUUCUUAUCAAAUGUCUUAUCUCACUGUUUUGUCAGCACUUUACCGUUAAGUGUGGAUCGUUAUAUUUAGUCAGGGCUAUGGAGCACUUUUUCUCUCAAUCAGUGAAUAAUGUACUGUCAUGUUUAUGAAGUAGUUUUAAAUGUACUUUAUUUAUUUAUAUAUAUAUAUAUAUUAUGUGGACAGCUGGCAUGAUGUAUUUGUAUGUGUUUUCUUCAACGAAAUGCAUGAGUGACUGCUGAUAGAAACACAAAUAUGUUUAUUGGAAAGAGGAGAGGAAAGGAAAAAGACAAACGCAACGAAACUUCUAUUUGAAAUAACUUUAAAACUGUUUAAAUGAAAACAAGAAGACCAGCUGGAUCUUUAGUCCCAUUGAACUAUUGAAAAUGUCUCUAUAGAUAUUUUGUGAUUGACAUGUUUGGGAACUCGUAUGAGGUUGCAUGGCUCCCAUAAAUAUAUAUUGAGUAGCUAGUAGCUACACAAUUUUCACAACAGAACUUGAGAAGUUUGAAAAGAGGAAGAGUGUGAAUGUAUAGUACCAGUCAAAAGUCAAACGAGUCUGCAAAGCUGUCAUCAAGUAAUUAUAUGUAUUGCUUGAACUAUGUGAUGUUUAUUAAUUCAAAGGUCAGAAAGAAGGGCCAAAGGUCAUAUGUCAGCUACUGAAGAAUGUGUAGUUAUUUGUUAUUAGGGCCACCUGUAAAUUCUACUUCACUCGAGUUGUGGCACAAUUACCUGUUAGUAGAAAACCCAAGCAUUGAUAUAUGCUGAGUUGCAGACGUGGUCAGGCAUUGUUACGUUGGUUCAUUUGACUUUACAGUCCACCUGGUGUAUUCUUACAUUUACAUGGUCAAACAUUGGGUUUCUUUGGGACCAGUAACACAAAUGUUUUGAAUAAUUUUUAUUAAGUACCAUGCAGAAAAACUGGCUUAACUGAAAGCACCAAGACUGUUAAAAUGAAGCAACAGGACUGUUAAAAUGAAGCAACAGGACUGUAAAGUAAAGCAACAGGACUGUAAAGUAAAGCAACAGGACUGUAAAGUAAAGCAACAGGACUGUAAAGUAAAGCAACAUGACUGUAAAGUAAAGCAACAGGACUGUAAAGUAAAGCAACAGGACUGUUAAAGUAAAGCAACAGGACUGUAAAGUAAAGCAACAUGACUGUAAAGUAAAGCAACAGAACUGUAAAGUAAAGCAACAGGACUGUAAAGUAAAGCAACAGGACUGUAAAGUAAAGCAACAGGACUGUAAAGUAAAGCAACAGGACUGUAAAGUAAAGCAACAGGACUGUAAAGUAAAGCAACAGGACUGUAAAGUAAAGCAACAGGACUGUAAAGUAAAGCAACAGGACUGUAAAGUAAAGCAACAGGACUGUAAAGUAAAGCAACAGGACUGUAAAGUAAAGCAACAGGACUGUAAAGUAAAGCAACAGGACUGUUAAAGUAAAGCAACAGGACUGUAAAGUAAAGCAACAGGACUGUAAAGUAAAGCAACAGGACUGUAAAGUAAAGCAACAGGACUGUUAAAGGAAUGCGUUUUAUGUAUCAGGUAGAGCAUCUCUGCUGAAAGGUGAUGAUGGUCUUUGUGAGUGAGUUGAGCUGGGUGACGUCAUGACAUAGAGUCCUCGUCAGAAGGAUGACCUUAGCACCCCCAGAUGGAUUGAAUGGGAGUAGGGUGAAGUUGCUCCUAGACGCUGAUCUUGGUUCAGUUUAGCAUUUCACCCACUAAUGGUUAAGGUUAGGAUUAGGGAAGGGGAAGCUGAUCCUAGAUCUGUACCCAGGGGAAACUUCACCUUGGAGCUGGAUGGAUGGUUGUAGACUGUUGAUGUCUUCAUUCAAGCAAAAAUUGAUUGUCAGCACAGGGUUUGAUGAGAGUGAUUUAGUGAGAAGAAGCAUGUGUGUGAGUGCGUGAGAGACAUAGUAGAGAUGCUGACAAUCAGAAAGGGGAAAAAGUGGAUGGAAUUACAGGUUGUUUGCUUGUAUUUCCGUGCAUGGCUUGGCAUGUGACGGAAUGUUGAUGCUCCUGAACAGGGAGGUAGAAUGAACGGGGUAUAUUGACUAUUUGCAGAUAUGCUUUGUCAAUGUUGAAGAGCCAGAUGUGUUCUCCUGCGUCUGUUUAGCCACAGCUUUAAGAUACUACACAGUGAAGUGGUGAAUGUCUCCCCCAUACACUGACGAUGUCUCCUGUCAGUGGUUAAAGAAGAGCCAUUUUUAUAGAGAUUAUUUCAUUGUUUUGUUUUGUUUUGUUGUUGCUUGAAAUGUAACCGUCCACGAGCUUGCUCACUUCUAGAAUGUUCACUUAGACAUGUUCUAGAACUUUUCUCAGUGUUCUGAGCGACUGGUUUAUUAAUGUCUGAAACCAUCUACAAAUGUAUUGUCUUUUAAUGAGUAUUAUGCUGCCAUUUUAUGUUUGUAAAUGAGGGGAGAAAAUUAAUUUUAGAUGAACGAGUUAUAGAACUAUGACUGCAAGGUGAUGAUGAGGAAAUGUGUAUUUAUAUUCUCGUCUAAAAAAAAUGAGGGCUUUGUCCAGUUUACAGUGGCCUUAUUUUCGUUAGGAGACGUUACUCUACUGUUGUAGCACUGGUACACGGUUGAAAGUUUGAACAAAACACCUUUUUAAAAAGUAAACAAAACAAGUAUUUUUCUUGAAAUACUGUUACUGAAGUAUAUUUCUGUAAAUGUGUAGUUUUCUGAAUGUAUUUGUUCAUCCUGACACCAUAGUGUAGCUGUUUGUUCUAUGCCGUUUCACUGCAGUCUUUUUCUCCAGGCUGACUCACCUGUAUCGGUUCAGUCGCUGUUAUACUGUAUCUUUGGUUAUUUAUUUAACAAGAAUAGGCUCUGUGGUUUGACCUUUAACCUAGGCAUGAAUAAGACAUAUGAUCUGGGCAAAUGUAGUGAUUUAUUUCAUGUUGAAUUUAGACGAUAUCCGAUCCACUGAAUUAACACAUUUUGUAUUAUUUAUUUAUUUUUUAAAUCAAGAUAAAUUUACCAUUUUAUUUAUGAAGUUGAUAUUAAGUGUACAUUUAAUACACAUUUGUACUUUAGUAAACCUUACAAUAUAUACCGCAUGGUUACUUUGAAGAAUUUAUUGUAUUUAAUGAUAUAACGAUAUGAUACAGAACCUACAGAAAAUACUUAUGGAACGUUGACGGAUUCUACAUUUUCUAGUGUUACAGAAUUUAUUGUAUUUAAUGAUACAACGAUAUGAUGACGAUAAUGAUGAUUUAAUCCAUUUAGAAACACAGAGCUUUCAGAAAAUACUCAUAGCCGUUGACGGAUUCUACAUUUUCUACAGCCUGAAUAAAUAUUUUUUAUUUCUUCCAUCGACACACAAUAACCAAUAAUGGCAAAGUGAAAAUACGUUUUUAUUUUUUUUACAAAUGUUAUCAAAUGUAUUGAAAAUUAAAUACAGAAAUAUCACAUUUACAUAAGUAUUCACAACCCCCUGAGUCAAUGCAUGUUAGAAUAUUGUACCCUGAGUCUUUCUGGGUAAGAGUUUUACACACCUGGAUUGUACUAAUUUUUUCUAAUUAUUAUUUUAUUUUUAUUAUUCAAACUCUGUCAAGUUGGUUGUUGACCAUUGCUAGACAGACAUUUUCAAGUCUUGCCAUAAAUUUCCAUGCCUAUUUAAGUCAAAACUGUAACUAGGCCACUCGGAUACAUUCAAUGUCGUCUUGGUAAGCAACUCCUGUGUAUAUUUGGCAUUGUGUUUAAGGUUAUUGUCCUGCUGAAAGGUGAAUUUGCCUCCCAGUGUCUGUGCUAGGAUUUUGCCUGUGCUUAGCUCUAGUUUGUAUAUUUCUAUCCCAAAAAUAAUUCCCUAGUCUUUGCCGAUGACAAGCAUACCCAUAACAUGAUGCAGCCACCACCAUGCUUGAAAAUAUGAAGAGUUGUACUCAGUGAUGUUUUGUGUUGGAUUUACCCUAAACAUAACACUUUGUAUUCAGGACAUAAAGCUAAUUUCUUUGCCACAUGAUGCAUGUUUUGAAUUUUUUUAUUCUGUUUAGGCUUUCUUCUUUUCAUUAAGUCAAUAUUGUGGAGUAACUACAAUGUUGUUGAUCCACCCUCAGUUCUCUCCGAUCACAGCCAUUAAACUGUGUAACUGUUUUAAAGUCACCAUUGACCUCAUGGUGAAAUCCCUGAGUGGUUUCCUUCCUCUCCGGCAACUGAGUUAGGAAGGACCCCUUUAUCUUUGUAGUGACUGGGUGUAUUGAAACACCCUCCAAAGUGUAAUUAAAAAGUUCCCCAUGCUCAAAGGGAUAUUCAAUGUUAUCAAUGUCUGCUUUUUUUACCCAUCUUCCAAUAGGGGCCCUUCUUUGUGAGGCCUUGGAAAACCUCCCUGGUCUUUGUGAGGCCUUGGAAAACCUCCCUGGUCUUUGUGAGGCCUUGGAAAACCUCCCUGGUCUUUGUGAGGCCUUAGAAAACCUCCCUGGGCUUUGCGAGGCCUUGGAAAAACUCCCUGGUCUUUGUGAGGCCUUGGAAAACCUCCCUGGUCUUUGUGAGGCCUUGGAAAACCUCCCUGGUCUUUGUGGAUGUGUUUGAAAUUCACUGCUCGACUGAGAGACCUUACAGAUAAUUGUAUGUGUGGGGUACAGAGAUUAAUUAUUCAUUUAAAAUGAUGUUUAAACACUAUUAUUACACACAGAGUCCAUGCAUCUUAUUAUGGGACUUGUUUACUCCUGAAUUGAUUUAGACCAUAACAAAGAGGUGGAAUACUUAUUGACUCAAGAUUGGCUUUUAAUUGUUUAUUAAUUUGUAAACAUUUCUAAAAACAUAAUUCCUCUUUGACAUUAUGGGGUUAUUGUGUGUAGGCCAGUGAAACAAAAUAAAUUCAGGCUGUAACAAAAACGAAAUCUAAGAAACGGGGUUGUGAACACUUUCUGAAGGCACUCGGCACUGUGUCAUGGGGAAAUCUGUGAAUUGAAAGAAAUAUGAACAAUUGUAUUUAAUUGUAGCAUUAAUUUAGUCUUCCAUCCUACUGAUAUAGAGUUCUUCUUCUGCCAAUAAUAAUAACGCAUGUUCUUGUGUCAGAGGACUUAGUUAUGUCUGUUAGACCUUGACUAGUAGGGCUGGCCUAGAUACCUCUGACUGUUUUCUAUUCCAAUGAGAACAAACAUCACAACAGAGUGUGAACUCCUUUCACAAAUCACAACAAUGACAUAGAUGUUGAACAUUUUAACAUAGACGUUGCCAUAGUAUUGAUGAACAAAACAUUGGUCCAUUAUUGAGAGUACCGUACAAAAUACCACUAGGCAGUAUUUAAAUCAAACUCUUGAUAACAUCUAGUUCAGCAGAAAUCAUAUCAAAAUUUGACUGUUUUCAGAUGCUCAGCACCAUUGACUCCCGAAGCACUCAAUGAAUUGAGAACAGAGAACUUUUUUUUACGAUGAACCCUAAACUCAAAGAAACAAGUGGUGUGCAGUCUCCAUCAUCAACGAUAAGAAUAUUGUGAGGGGGGGGGGGGGGUUCUCUCUCUAAUUUUACUACUGCUGCUGUAAAUGCUGUUUGUCAACAUUGUCAAAUGUUCUAAUCGUCGUUAAAUCACAGCACAAGUUCCUGAGCAGACAUUUUGUCUAUAAACUUCUGACUGUCUGUCACAAAAGACAGAUGAGAAUCUCCCAGAGCCAUGUUGUAGACCACAGUAGCAAACCCCCUUAAAGACAGCCUUCACAUGGACGUCCCCAGCCAGGGAACCUCCUCUCAAACAGGCAGCAAUGUAAUGAGGUAACGUUGCAGAAUUCUUUUUUAUUGAUUUUUUAAGUCACAGCAACGUUAAUGUUUCUGAUAAUCUUUUUGGGUUAUUUCGAUUAUCUAGAUUAAAAUGCUUCAGCCACACUAAUUCACACACACAUACAUGUAUGUUGCCCUGCUAUCAACUGUAAAGGUAGAUUCUUAGGGAACAUGGUGCGGUGUGUGUGGGGGGGGGGGGGUUAAAGGCUCAUUGGGGUCUAAAGGCUGGUAUUUGCAGAACUUCCCUUUACUUAUUGGUUUGGACUCUCUUCUAGACUCCAUGAGACAUUCACAUAGUGAGUUUGAAAAGAGCGAAGUGUAGCAGAUUGUCUGAUUGAAGGAAAGACAAGGAGCUGGACUUUUAUACCUGAUGCUUUGUAAAUGUUUUCUAUGUGCAGUAUUUGAUCAUGUAAAACUGGUAUUUUUUUUGUGGUUUGUAAUGCUGCAUAAUUGAUUACUUAGGGUGCACGUAGUUUUUUGUACGAAAAAUUGUACCAAAUGGAUGAAAAAUAAAGAACAACAAUAACAAAAACAAAAAAAAGUUCAAAGUUUUUCGGGUUCAGAAAGCCUGUAAUUUGUCCCUUUUACCGUCUGGACUCGAAGUCAAUAAAGUUUUAUUCGAAUCA